AUGGAAGAGGUCAUUGUGCCCUUCCAAAGCAUUGAUCAGACCUUUCCAUUUUUUCAUCGCUCCCUAUGGGACUGGGCUGUGGACUUACUUCAGGAUCCUGAAGUUGGUCUGCAUUUCGUUUUUGAUGCCCAACAACUUUCGAAGUUCGAUGGCGAGAAAUUUGUUCGGUAUAUUCAUGAGCCUUGGACUGCUAAUGCCUUCUGGGAAUAUCAGUCAAAGAUACCAUCAGAUGCUAAACCACUUGUGUUUAUCCUCUAUGCAGACAAGGCCAAAUUAUGA